UUCCGAGUGAGGUGGGAGGAGGGGGCGGGGAGGGAAGCGGAGGCAGGGGAGCGCUAGGCCGGCCGGUGGUGGCGGCGGCGAGGCCGGGACUCAGGCUGAGGGCCUGCUGUGGCGGCAGCGGCGGACGCCGAGCACAGGCAGUUUCUCUGGAAACCCCCCUGGUAAGUGUGGAGGAGGCGGGACACUCUGACCCAAGACAAAAGGCCUGUAGCUCCAGCCAAAGAAAAUAAACCUUAGGAGGGAGAAGGAAAAAAAAAAAAAAAAUCCAUCAGCUGUUCCUGAGAACAGCCUGCAGUGGAAUCUACAGAGAGGACAGCUAAUGUGAGUGAGGAAGUGACUAUAUGUGGACUGUGGAGACAGUAAGUCACGUGGGCCCUGAGGGCCUGGACUGGGUUAGGGACAAUUGCUCUUUCAGAGGUGAGGUGUCAAGAAGGGAAAAGUGAAUGUGGUCUGGAGUGUGGCCUUGGCUCCACGGGGUGUACGUUCCUCUGGGGCCAUCAGGGAGCUCAGCCCCUGUGUUCUGCCAGGGUGGGGUACAGGGUUUGGCACUGAGGAGGGUAACUUGCUGGCUGGAGCAGCAGAGCAGUGGCCUUGAUUUGUGUUUUGGAAGAUUUAAAAACCAAAAAGCAUAAACAUUCUGGUCCUUCAGCAAUGCUUUCUCUGAAGAAAUAUUUAACGGAAGGACUCCUCCAGUUCACCAUUCUACUGAGUUUGAUUGGGGUGCGGGUGGACGUGGAUACUUACCUGACCUCACAGCUCCCCCCGCUCCGGGAGAUCAUCCUGGGGCCCAGUUCUGCCUAUACUCAAACCCAGUUCCACAACCUGAGGAAUACCUUGGAUGGCUAUGGUAUCCACCCCAAGAGCAUAGACCUGGACAAUUACUUCACUGCCCGGAGGCUCCUCAGUCAGGUGAGGGCCCUGGACAGGUUUCAGGUGCCGACCACUGAGGUAAACGCCUGGCUGGUCCACCGGGACCCAGAGGGGUCAGUCUCUGGCAGCCAGCCCAGCUCAGGCCUCGCCCUUGAGAGUUCCAGUGGCCUCCAAGAUGUGACAGGCCCAGACAACGGGGUGCGAGAAAGCGAAACGGAACAGGGAUUCAGUGAAGAUUUGGAGGAUUUGGGGGCAGUAGCCCCUCCAGUGAGUGGAGACUUAACCAAAGAGGACAUAGAUCUGAUUGACAUCCUUUGGCGACAGGAUAUUGAUCUGGGGGCUGGGCGUGAGAUUUUUGACUAUAGUCAUCGCCAGAAGGAGCAGGAUGUGGACAAGGAGCUGCGAGAUGGAGGAGAACAGGGGGACACUUGGCCCGGCGAGGGUGCAGAGGCUCUGGCACGGAAUCUGCUAGUGGAUGGAGAAACUGGGGAGAGCUUCCCUGCACAGGUGCCUGGUGGGGAGGACCAGACGGCCCUGUCCCUGGAAGAGUGCCUUAGGCUGCUGGAGGCCACCUGCCCCUUUGGGGAGAAUGCUGAGUUUCCAGCAGACAUUUCCAGCAUAACAGAAGCAGUGCCUAGUGAGAGUGAGCCUCCAGCUCUUCAGAGCAAUCUCCUGUCUCCUCUCCUGACGGGGACAGAGUCACCAUUUGACUUGGAACAGCAGUGGCAGGAUCUCAUGUCCAUCAUGGAAAUGCAGGCCAUGGAAGUGAACACGUCAACCAGUGAAAUCCUAUACAGCGCCCCUCCUGGAGACCCACUGAGCACCAAUUACAGCCUUGCCCCCAACACUCCCAUCAAUCAGAAUGUCAGCCUGCAUCAGGCGUCCCUGGGAGGCUGCAGCCAGGACUUCUCCCUCUUCAGCCCUGAGGUAGAGAGUCUGCCUGUGGCUGGUGGCUCCACACUGCUCCCCUUGGCUCCCAGCAAUUCUACCAGCCUCAACUCCACGUUUGGCUCCACCAACCUGGCGGGGCUCUUCUUUACGCCCCAGCUCAAUGGCACCGCCAACGACACAGCAGGCCCAGAACUGCCUGACCCCCUGGGGGGCCUGCUGGAUGAAGCCAUGCUGGAUGAGAUCAGCCUCAUGGACCUGGCCAUUGAAGAAGGCUUUAACCCUGUGCAGGCCUCCCAGCUCGAAGAGGAGUUUGACUCUGACUCAGGUCUCUCCUUGGACUCGAGCCAUAGUCCUUCCUCCCUGAGCAGCUCUGAAGGCAGCUCUUCUUCCUCUUCCUCCUCUUCCUCCUCCUCUUCCUCCGCUUCUUCCUCUGCCUCUUCCUCCUUUUCUGAGGAAGGUGCCGUUGGCUAUAGCUCUGACUCUGAAACCCUGGAUCUGGAAGAAGCGGAGGGCGCUGUGGGCUACCAGCCUGAGUAUUCCAAGUUCUGCCGCAUGAGCUAUCAGGAUCCGUCUCAGCUCUCCUGCCUGCCCUACUUGGAGCACGUGGGCCACAACCACACAUACAACAUGGCACCCAGUGCCCUCGACUCUGCUAACCUGCCACCUCCCAGCACUCUCAAGAAAGGCAGCAAGGAGAAGCAGGCAGACUUCUUAGAUAAACAGAUGAGCCGGGAUGAGCAUCGAGCCCGAGCCAUGAAGAUCCCCUUCACAAAUGACAAAAUCAUCAACCUGCCUGUGGAGGAGUUCAAUGAGCUGCUGUCCAAAUACCAGCUGAGUGAGGCACAGCUAAGCCUCAUCCGUGACAUCCGGCGUCGGGGCAAAAACAAGAUGGCGGCACAGAACUGCCGCAAGCGUAAGCUGGACACCAUCCUAAACCUGGAGCGAGAUGUGGAGGACCUGCAGCGGGAUAAAGCCCGGCUGCUGCGGGAGAAGGUAGAGUUCCUCCGGUCACUGCGGCAGAUGAAGCAGAAGGUCCAGAGCCUGUACCAGGAGGUCUUUGGGCGGCUGCGUGACGAGAACGGGCGGCCCUACUCCCCCAGCCAGUACGCGCUCCAGUAUGCUGGGGAUGGUAGCGUGCUCCUCAUUCCACGCACCCUGGCUGACCAGCAGGCUCGGCGGCAAGAGAGGAAGCCAAAGGACCGGAGGAAGUGAGCCCGGGGAGGAAGGGGUUGACGCUCACCAAGACCGAAACGGGAGGAGGGCUGGGCCUGGACCUGGACCUAUAGCGGGGACUUUACUGCCUUCUUAUCCAGUAUAUCUUCUCAGAUGGGAUGACUGCGGGUCAGUGUACAGGAGAGACGGGCGCAGGCGCUGUCUGGCUCAGCUUCCCCCACGGGGGUGGGGUAGAAGUGGCCAGACCAUUUGGGUGGACAGGGUCCUUGCCCCUAUCCCUUUCCUUUGAGGGAAGGGAUGGUGCUGUCAUUGUUGGAGGUAGAGGAGCUGUGCGGAGCAAAGGCUGAAAGGCUGAAAGGAAGGGACUGGGGAAAGGAGUAGAAAGUCUUGUUCUGGAAGGAAGGAAGAAAACAAACCCAAAAAAAUCAAAGCGGGACGAAAACUAAGGGAAGGUUAAGUUUGGCUUUGGCCAGGAUUCCAGGCAGCAGGUUUUAGUGGCUCAGGUGGGACUAAGUUACUGGUGUGAGUGAACCCCAUUUCACCCCGGGGAGAGGUGAUAGACAGACGCAUGGUGGGCUGGAGGAGGGGCCUUGUUAGCUCUUUCUGCUCCCUGCACUUUGGCAUCCCCAGAGGGGAGCUCUUGGGUGUCUCCUGUUAUUUUUCAGUAGGGUGGGAGCCACAGGGACCCAACACUGGCUUUGAGGUUUAGGGUUAAAGGGCGGAGUGAACAGGAAAGGGUCACAAGGCUCCAUGUUGCAGCAGCCCCAACACCAAGCAUGUCACUCACUGUCCUGCCGCUCCCAUCUCUCUAGUGUUCCUUUGCCAAGGGAGGCACCCACUGUCCCCAUCAGAGCCUGCAUGUGAAUGCUGCACUCCCACCCCACCCCCCACGUCUGCCUGUAGCUGUGAGGUAGCUGGGCUGCUGCAGUGCUCUGGGGGCUGCCUCUGGGGCGGGGGAUAAUGUGGAGGGAGAAGCCGGCCCAACAACCUCCAGGCAGUAUUCAGCACAACACGGGGGAGCGACUCUUCCCUCAGGCCUCCCCCUACCAACUGGGCUUGUCAUUGACAAAAAAAACCCUACACAACCCAGCAACAACAAAACUAGUCCUCUUAGAAUUUCUUGCGCUUUGAUUUUUUUAGGGCUUGAGCCCUGUUUCACUUAUAGGGUCUAGAAUGCUUGUGUUGAGUACAAAGGAGAUGCCCCAAUAUUCAAAGCUGCUAAAUGUUCUCUUUGCCAUAAAGACUCCGUGUAACUGUGUGAACACUUGGGAUUUUUCUCCUCUGUCCCGAGGUCUCUGUCUGCUUUCUUUUUUGGGUUUCUUUCUAGGAGAGUAAGAUGUGCAUGCCCUGGGGGCUGAGGGUACCCCUCCCCCAGGCUCUCAGCCUUGCCCCGCCUUAUCAGGGCUCCUGGAGACUGCCUAGAGGGCAGAGAAGGGAGCUCCAAGCUGGCCAGAUGCUCCCAAGACCUCAGCGUCUGUCUGCCGGCUGCCCUCCCUGCCCAGCUUGGGAAUGCUGUGCCCCAGACUAGCAGAAUAGAGUUGAGGUGGGGAAGCACUGAGGUCCCCCCCCCCAGGGGUGUUCUGACUGAGCAGUGGGGAGGCUCAAGCCUGGAAAGUACAUUUAUAAAUUAUUUUCUUUGUAGAUUUUAUUUUUAAUUUAUCUCUGACCUGCCAGGGAGAGAGGAGAGAUGCUGUGAGCACAUGACAAAAUAAAACGGAUGAUU